GCCGCUAGAUGGCAUGGUAAACCCAUCGAAAACAUUGCCCGACGCCAUUUUGUGAUUUCUUAAGGAAAGAGAGAUCGAAACUGAAGCAUUUCUUGUCUGUUUUCUCCAUUUUACAAGGAUAAAAUCAGGUCCUCCAUUUGCCUCAACUUGCACAUGCUGUGUUGAUUGCUUGAAGAAUUUUUUCAUCUUUCUCUGUCAUAUUAGGUUAUACCAGAAGACAAGAUGGCCGCCGGCCCGUACAACUACAGUUAUAUUUUCAAAUACAUCAUCAUUGGUGACAUGGGUGUUGGCAAAUCUUGCUUGCUCCAUCAGUUCACAGAAAAGAAAUUUAUGGCAGACUGCCCUCACACAAUAGGCGUGGAGUUCGGAACUAGAAUUAUCGAGGUUGCUGGCCAGAAGAUCAAGCUGCAGAUCUGGGACACAGCCGGGCAGGAGAGGUUCCGUGCAGUCACUCGCAGCUACUACAGGGGGGCAGCAGGGGCACUCAUGGUCUACGACAUCACCAGGAGGAGCACCUACAACCACCUGAGCAGUUGGUUGACGGACGCCAGAAACCUCACCAACCCAAACACAGUUAUAUUCCUGAUCGGCAACAAGUGCGACCUGGAAGCCCAGCGAGAUGUCACAUACGAGGAAGCAAAACAGUUUGCAGAAGAAAAUGGCUUGAUGUUUCUUGAGUGCAGUGCUAAAACUGGAGAGAAUGUAGAGGAUGCUUUCUUAGACACAGCAAAGAAAAUCUACCAGAAUAUACAAGAUGGCAGCCUGGACCUGAAUGCGGCUGAGUCCGGAGUACAGCAUAAGCCAGCCACGCCCCGCAAUGCCCUCAAUACGGAUCAGACCCCCAACAAAGAGGGCUGCGCCUGCUAGUUAACAAGCCAGGCUGGCAUCUUAACAAGCAUUGGUUCUGCCUUCAAUUCAGUCAUUCCAGCGCCAACUGUCCACUGCUUGUAUGCAUACAGCAGUACACAUGAUGCAGUGUCGAUAUCAAUAGCUGACAGUUGCCGACAGCGUUCAUCCUCCAUGUCAUCAUCACCAUCAUAGGAUGUGACCCCAGCAUCAUCAACGUCUUCACACAUCCCGUUUGCUCGAACACCAGUUUGUUCCAGGCAAUCAGAGAUCACUCAAGUAUUCAAGCUGGGUGAUUUGCUAUGUUCAUAACUGCAAUCUGAUUGGUCUGUACCAGUUUGAAUGGAGCUCAUUUGCCAGCUGUUACAAGUUGAUGUUGUAACUGAUUGGUCAGUUCUCUGAAUGCUUGCAGCUGAUUGGCCGGAUGUGUGAGGACUGAUGUCACUUCUCUUUAUGUUCAUCUAUCUCUUACUGUUGUCAGACAUGGACACAGAUAACCUAAGUCUAUAACAUACACUUGAAGUUUAUACAUCAAUUUCUCACAAAUUACGAAUUCUAAA